CGAGGUUGAGAGUGCUGUCAUUUACUUAAGUGUCAUUGUGUCACGUGGUGAAAUCUUUUCGACUCUAUUGGCUAAAGGCACGUGUCUAGGAUACCGGAGUGCAACGUCACCUGGGGGGCUGGUAUUGGAAAUAAGAUCACGAAAUCCAGAGUGAAAGUAUUUCAGGAUCAGUUAGCACCUCUUCAUUUAUCCUUAGUUUAGUAACUGCAGCACAUCCAUUGGAUUGGUUCAGAAAACGGAAGAGACAGACUUGGCUUGAUUGAAUGGUCUUUCCAAAGCAACACAUGAAGGGGUAGUCCAGGUUGGGAUUGGAAGAACAGAACUAUGAAUGUUCUUUGUGGAAACACUUUGAACGGAGUGGCUGGUGCAUAACAAUACUCUUUUCCACGGGAAGGAGUAUUUUGUUGCUUUGCUGAACAGGGAAAAGGUGUAAUAAAUAAAUAAAUAAAUAAAUAAGAACCAGGACGGAAAGUGCAUUUUUAGUGAAACUGGAAUUUGAUUGUGCACUUCAAGAUCACGAAAAGGGUUAAAGAAAGAACAUUGGAAACUGUAGCAGUAUGGAAGAAAAUGAUCAUAAUAACAGAGAAGCGGACCGGCAGGAGUCGGGCGAUGAGUCCAACAGAGCCAUCAUCCCACUUCUGCAAGCGCCUGGGAACCUGCAACUCCCGCACCGCAUUACCAACUUUUUUAUCGACAACAUCUUACGACCAGAUUUUGGGCGGAGGAAAGAGGGGACCUGCAACCGUGAUGAGAGUAACCUCCCCGGGGGAGAGAACCUCAGCCCCUCGGCUCCCGGAUCUGGGCAGAUAGGACUAGGGACUGUAGCGGGUGAAGGGACUUCUAACCUACACCCUGUCAACGGGGCAAAGAAGAAGGGCGAAACAAGGAGCGGCGAAGUCCUGAAAGGCCGCGGUGAAAGCGGGGAUCAGUGCCAAAGCUCAGACUCGGACAGCUCCCAAGCCAGCUCGACUACUCCUUCACAGCCCAUGCUGUGGCCAGCCUGGGUCUAUUGUACUAGAUACUCGGAUAGGCCUUCAUCAGGGCCCAGGUCUCGUAAACCAAAGAAGAAGACCGCGAGCAAGGAAGACAAGCGGCCCAGGACUGCGUUCACAGCGGAACAGCUGCAGAGACUGAAAGCCGAGUUUCAGACAAACCGCUACCUGACCGAGCAGAGGCGGCAAGCUCUCGCUCAAGAACUCAGUCUGAACGAAUCUCAAAUCAAAAUCUGGUUUCAAAACAAAAGAGCCAAAAUUAAGAAAUCCACGGGCAACAAGAACGCGCUGGCACUGCACUUAAUGGCACAGGGCCUCUACAAUCACGCCACAUCAUCAAAAGAGGACAAAUCAGAUAGCGAUUAAAGAAAAGAAGAACGAGAACACAAUGCAAUAAUUUAAUAAAAGAAGGGCCAGUUUAUAAAGUAUACCAGCAUUAAUAAAUUGUAUUAGAUAUAAUUCUGCAAUAUUCGGUGUACAAGUAUA